AAACAGCCCGCAACUUUUCAUUUCGUUCAUAAACACCAUAACAAAGAGACCACGAAUCAGUAUGUACACACUUGCUUGAUAGUGAUUAAGAAAAUGAGUAUUUCGUGGUUAAAAAAAUUUAAAAUUGAAGCUCUUAGGUCAACUUUGUGCUCGUUCCUGGUGCGAGAAUAUCUGAGCAAUUUUAUUGAGAAUAAAGUAAUUGAAAGCGAACUCAGUUUGGGUUUAAGCAAUGGACGCGCUACAGCCGAAAAAAUCUUCCUUGCAGUUGAGGCUCUUAAUAAGUUGAGCGAAACCCAAAACUGGCCGGUACAAGUCGUCGAAGGCUACAUAGACAAAAUACAUAUUAGCAUUCCUUGGACAGCAAUAUUCAGUGAGUCGACCCAAGUGGAAAUAUGUGGACUCAGAAUAAAAGUGCAACCAAAGCAACGCAUAGACGAUGCUACUUCAAUGCUCGAAUCUAUGUGGAAUUCCAUGAGCAGCUCAAUGAAAAUGGCUGAAGAAUUUGCAAAGGAAGCGGCCACAAAGCAGGAACUGCCUAUUCCAGCUGUGGAAGGACUAAAUUUUUUUGCUCAGGCUAUUGAAACAAUUAUGAAACGAAUUAAGGUAAAAUUUGUUGACACUGUAAUCGAAGUGGAACAUUUGCCACUCGAUAGCCAAAAAGGAGUUGGUUUAGUAAUCAAUAUAGAUUCCGUGGAAUUUUUCGACGACUUCACUAUGGAAACUGAGAAUAAAGAGGCAUGCGACCCACCAAAAAAAGGCGACGCUAAGAAUUAUCUUAUUGAUGCAGUAACCACAAAAAAUAUAGUUUUAAAAGGUAUUCGGUUGUCAUCAAUUGAAUUUUCAAGUGACGAAAGAAAUGAGUCUACAAUCACGCAAGACAGUUUCGAAACUGCUCAAGACAGCGAUUCGGUUUCUGAAGAUGAUAAUGAAAGUGAUGAUGGUCCUGUGGUUCUUUGUGGAAAAUUGUUUGACAAUCAAGAACUAAAACUCCGAUUAAAACAAUCUGAUCAAUCCAGUGGUCCAAAAGUAGCAAUUGAACUGAAUCUAGGUGCUUUAGUUUUAUUUCUAUCUCCUAGACAAUUUCAUAUGUUAAAAGAACUGGCGGAAGGAUUUUUGAGCCCGAAUUCGAAAGAUACCAGUAAUGCUCUUCGGAAAAACCAACCCGAACCGAGACCAAUGACUGAGAUGGAUUAUGAGAGGAUUGAAGAGCAACUGGCGCAAAUGACAAGCCAUAGGCACAUGCACGGAUUUAACAUAUUACAAGGACAUGGAUGGUCUACGGGGCCGUUAGAUGAAAGUACCGGUAGUGAGUACCUUCCAAUGCAAGCAGAAACCAGUGAGGUAUAUGAUAGUACUAUGAGUGGCCUUAGCAGCUCCUUGGAUUUUAGUAUCACAUCCAGUAUGACUAGCGCUGUUACUGAUGCUACUUCACAUGCCCGACAGCGAGCUUGCAACAUUAAUUCAGAUCCUACAGCGGAGAUUUCGAAUUUCCAAAUUCGCUUGUCUAGUUUGGCUGUGAUACUUCUACACGAAGAUCAACUGGCCCAUUCUGCCGGAAAUGGUAAGGUGAUUGUAGGCCAGAUGCAGUCCCUUGCUAACCAAUUUUUUGGGAGCUUAACAAGCGAUAUGUUCUCUGAAUUGGCUGCUGAUGGGUUUGAUGAACUCCACAAGCGGCUGCAAAACUCUUGUAACUUAAGUCAAAUAAGACUGCUUGCUUCGCCUGUAAAAUUUGAAGGCAAUGAAACUACAAUUUCUAGUGCGUUUUCCAUAUCCGGAAAUCUAACGGCUUCAAAACUAGAAAUCUCUGAGUGGCUUUAUAACGGACAGUUUCAGCAUAUUCCAUUAGUUAGUUUUAAAUCCCCACAAGCCUUGAACAGUCCCAGCGGCGUCAAGCCAAACUUUUCUCUCAAAUUCAAGCAUGUACAGAGACAAGGGAGAUCUGGGGAUUAUAGGAAGAAGAAUGGGCCAAAAACAGACAUUUCAAUUAUUCUCGAUCAAUGCAUUGUGGAAUUUGAUCUAUCAAUAAUUGACAGAAUUUCAUCAGUUCUUAAUCAUCCUCCAAUAUGUGAACGUUUUGAGAAUGAUAGAACGGUACCUUCUGCUUAUCAAACACAUGCCGCUCCAUAUUUAACUGCAGAUACAGUAAGCAGCAUUCAGGAUAUUAAACUGUCGUGUCCGUCUCUUAAUCUUAAAAUCAGAUUUCCCAUACCAGAUUACAGGCCUGCUACAGAUAUGAGUAAACCACCAUGGUGGGAAAGAAAUGUGCGCCCUGAUUACCUUUCGCUUAUAUUGCAGAGGGCCAAUUUUCACACGGUAUUUCAAACACAGCAAAACUUUAGUGAAUUCAAUAUAGACUGUAAACUAUUGGACAUAGUAUACUAUGAAACCGAAAAUGCUACUGGACAACAUAUCGCCAGAUCGGGCAGAGAAGAAAAACCAUACAGCGCAAUGAAUAAUACGCCUUUAACAAAAUUAUCAAUCAAAGUCUAUCCCAAACAGUUGGAGAAUGACGCGGACGAUAGAGCGCCCGAUAUAAUGACUCAAUCUUUUUAUGGGCCAUCUAAAGUUGCAGAUCCGGGUCCAUUUGGAGGAAAAUUAGUAGUGCAUGAGAGCGACACUCCGCAUGACAAUUUCAUAAAAGAUGAAUCCGAAGAACAAGUAAUUCCUGGUGACAAAUUAGAGCUUCAAGAAUUUAUGGAUUCCACAAGGUCCAAUGGUCAUAUUAUAGUUGAUCUAAUUCUUCCCACUGUAUCAAUUGAGCUGGAAUCCAAACACACUUACGAAUUGAUUUACAAUCGAAUCAAUAACGAUCUGCUGCUUUGGGAGCCACAAGCGCCUAAGCCAACAAAUAAAAAUCCACUCAGUGCUAAAUUCCAUGAUCUGUCCCUUAAUAAUGAGUAUAUUGUCGCUAAUAGUGGUUUACAAUCUGAUUCCGACAGCGACUCUGGCGAGUAUGAAGAAGUGGUAACAAACAUUUUCUACUCGGCUUAUGGCGGUAAAUCGAAAGUAUCGCCAGUUGACGAUGUUCGAUCACCAAUAAGAAAUAGUCAAAGCAAUUUUAUACUAUCAUUGAACAUACAAGAAGGGAUGUUGAACGUAAAUCCCCCUUGUCGUGACGGCACCAAUAAUGUUAUUCCAGGUCAACAGGGCGAACUUUUACUUAAUCUAGACAACGCAAAAGUAUUCAUUGUAAGUGGUUACAAGGGUGAAGAAGAUUUGGCAUAUGUAUGUGUUCAAAUGAAAUCUGUUGAAUUAUAUCAUUGUGAUAAUAAACCUGCACAAAGGAUUCGUUUGCCUUUGAGAGAACCGGGUGCCAUAUUAGGUAAGGAGCUAUUUCCAACAAUAUACCAGUCGGAUAAAAAGAGUAUGUCCUUAUCCAAGCAUAGAGGAAAAGACAGGGAAAUGUUUACUGUUGCUGUAAAAGUUGAAGCAAAUCAUGAAACGCACCAUGUUAAGGUCGUUACUGUGUCAUUAGGUCUUAAUGGAGCAACGUUGAGACAUAAAAUGGGGAAACAGCCCAACUCUUGGAUCUCACACCUUAUGGAUUAUUUUAACGUUGAAGAUUAUCCAAUUCCGGGCUAUGUACCCAAAGAUGUAUUAACGGAGCUCCAUUUACAUAUCUGGGACAGUAUAAUAGAUUACAGGCCAUUAUAUUUGCCAUUAAGGUCUGCAAUAGGAAUUGGAAGCUUUAGUAUUUCGUCGCAUUUAUCUGCAGUUGCAAACACGUCCACUUUAACGAUGAUGUUUGAGGACUGUGGCUUUUUCUUGAGCGACAAACAUCCACCAAAAGAUGGAGUGUGUUCUACUGUUAAAGUGGAUCUUGAACGAGAUUAUGUGAACGUCAUAGAGAUCGCGUUGUUUGAGAUUAGCAUAAAGACAACAGAUAAGCAAAGCGGAAUCAAUCCACACAUCGAUCUUCGCACAUCGAUUACGAACUUGAGUGUCAGAACGUGUUCAGAUAGUGGACGAGCAUUGUUUCAACUCCUAACGUACUAUAUCAACGAUGGCGAUUUUCCAGUUGAUCCUCAGCUUGCCGAUUCAAUCAAUUCCAAUGUCAAUUCAAACAUGGAAGAAGAAUUAAUACGUUUGAAAGAACAGGAGAACUCUCUAAGCAAAAGUCAGGAAGAGCAAAUUAGCGAAAUGUUGAAAGAAGCGAUGGAAGAUGACACUGUUAGUAAAACUCCUAAUGCUUAUCCCCAAACCGGUGCCCAACUCUUCUACUUUCCGGACGAAAAAGAAGGCCAGAGGGAUGUUCCCAGUUUUAAAAAUCCCGUAGUAGUGACAGAUCUCGGUGUUAUCGAACGAUGGGACGUAGGUGGAAAUCGGCUGUCUUUUAGUGACGACGAUUUCGACUUCGUGUAUCUACAAGACGAUUCCAUUCCGCCUAAGGAUGGUGUACCAGAAAUCACUUGGAUGUCGCAGAACGUUCAAAUAUUGGAAGAUUAUUUUGCGAAACCUGAUGGAAAGAGAGAUGUGUUGGCUCCCCCCAAAAGUUUCCCGACUCCUGUUGCAAAAUACACACUCUGUGAUAUGUCGAUAACUUGGAAGAUGUAUGGUGGCCAUGAUUUUAAGACGAAAGAUGACCCUAAGAGGGAAGUUAGAUUUACAGAGGUGCAACUACAUGACAAAGUAUCCUUUUCACAUGCGCAUCGAGCUACAGUGACUUUAAGUCCUGCACAGAACGAGCGUACUAAAGGACUGAGUUGGAUUCAAAGGGGCGGCGCAAACCGAAAUCAUUCAGUACUAAUGGAACUACAAUUAAAUAAGGUUCGCUUUAGUCAUGAAGUAUAUCCAGAUAGCGUCCAGCAGGUUUCGAGACAAGUCCUGUGCAUAACAGAUAUAGAGAUUAAAGAUCAACUAGCAUCCAGUCAAAUCAACAAAUUUCUGUAUCAAUAUUCGAGUCAUUCGCACCCAAAACAGUCGAAUUCUCAUAUGGUAUUGAUAAAGACGUUGCAUUCGCGACCAGACCGUAAAAUCAAGCGGCAAGAAUGUGAUAUCAAAAUAUCUCUUUUGCCAAUAAGACUAAAUAUAGAUCAAGACUCGCUGUUUUUCUUGAUCAAUUUCUUCAAGGAACUGAGCGGGGAAAAUGCUGAUGAAAAUGUUACAGAGGCAAAGACUGGUUCGUUGCAUUCUACUCCGACUCAUCAACCGCCAAUACUGACAACAUCACUGAUCAGUGAACGUGAAAUUGAGCAGAAGGCGAAAGAAGUUGUCAACGAAAAUCUGAUUCUUCUAGAAAGUAGAUACCAUACUGAGCCCGAAGCCCCAACAGAAGAUGCAAAUACGUUUACUGUUGCUGACGAUUCACCAAUUUACUUUAGACACCUGGAAUUUUCUAAAGAUGUUCUCAUUCGCUUAGAUUACGUUGGCAAAGGAUUAGAUAUGAGUCGCGGCUCAAUUGCAGGGAUACUAAUGGGAUUAGGACAUUUGAAUUGUUCAGAGAUUAGACUGAAACGAAUAGUUUAUAGACACGGUUUGCUCGGAGUUACUAAAUUGAUCGAGUUUUUGCUACGGGAAUGGAUCGGAGACAUAAAGAAGAAUCAACUCUCAGCCAUUUUUAAAGGCGUCGGACCUGUGAAGGCCGUUUUACAGCUCUUCCAGGGUAUCAAGGAUUUAUUCUGGUUACCAAUUGAACAAUAUCAAAAAGACGGUAGGAUUGUUCGUGGCUUACAACGCGGUGCUAAUAGCUUCACUACCUCAACUGUUAUGGCAGCUUUAGAGCUUACUACACGGUUAAUCUACCUUAUCCAGGUCACCGCUGAAACGGCGUAUGAUAUGCUUUCACCAGGACCGAGCGUAAGAAUGAAGAGGUUGGCAAAACGGAAAGGCCGCAGGAAACGAUAUCACCAACCCCAAGACAUACGCGAGGGCCUAGCGAAUGCAUGUACGGAAGUUCGAGAGGGCAUUGGGGAAACUGCAAAUAAUAUAUUGCAAGUAGUAGCCUCAGAAAAAGAUCAAAAGGGAAUAAGUGGUGCUGUGGGUGCCGUUUUUCGUCAAAUUCCACCCACCAUGUUAAUAAAACCUUGCAUUAUUGCCACAGGGGCAACUAAUAACUUACUUAUGGGGGUGCAGAAUCAGCUGAUGCCCGACACUAAGAGAGAAGCAAAUCAAAAAUGGAAAGCUGAUUCAUAAGAUUUACAAAUUUCAUUGUGAUACUUAAACUUACUUGUUAGUUUAGGUUUUUUUUAUUAGAGUUAUUAAAUUGAUAUUGAAAUGA